AUGGACAUUAAGGGCGAGAGGAAAUGCAGCAGAAAGAAAGGACGACCACGAAAGUUGAACGCAAGAAAUGUACGAUCGCUAAUACGAACACUGAAGAUAUUGCGAAUGCGCGAACCAAACGUAUCUGUUAGGACGUUAGUGCCUGAAAGCGGUCUUAGUUUAGCUAAAGUUAAUCGAAGAACGUGCUCGCGUAUACUAAACGAAAAUGGAUAUGGAUUUCUGCAGAGGCGAAAAAAUGGGAUUUUGUCAGAUAACGACAGAAAGCUGAGGGGAAGAUUUUGCAGGGAAAUGCGCAAUUGUACAAAACGAAACAGACAUUUUUGGGAAAAAGAAGUAGCAUUCUAUUUAGAUGGCGUUUCUUUUAUACACAAAUAUAAUCCAAUGAGAACAGCGACAACAAAGGAAUGGCAAGAGUGCGGCGUCAAAAAGGAGAAGAACUGA